AUGUCAGAAAUACAAGCAGAAUAUAGAAAAGAAUAAUAAAAUUAAGAUUUAUCUGAACAAUUUGAAAGAGUUUAAGAUGAUUAAUUGAUAUAAUAAGAUUAAAAAUUCAAUUAAGAUUCCUUUGAAGAAUUAGCAAAGUCGAAGAGUUAUAAUGAAUUAGCAAAAUUAGCAGAAAAGAAUAAAACUUAAUUUAAAAUAUUCAAAAGGCUGAAAUGGAAAGGAUAGUUAUAUUAAAUAAAUGAAUCAAUUAGAGUUAAUUUUAAGGAUAGAUUGAGAAUUGGAAUAAUAAAAAGAAUUGCUAGCAUAAAGUCUUUUGUAGAUAAUUAAGAAUUGCCAUUACUCCAAUUAAAUUGGUACUUUUCCAAAAUUGAACUUGAUUCAUCAUGGGAAAAAUAUAUUAAAUGUUUUAGCGAAUAUGAAUUGUUUCUAACAGAAAUAUCAGAUUUCAUUUUUAUUGGGCAAAUAAUUGAUAAAGUAAAGGUUUUAAGUUUGAGUGAGUAUGAUUCAUUUUUAGACGACGAUAUUAGUGGACAAAAUAGAUUGUUUUUUAUGAGAUGUACAUAUAAUAGUGAAAAGAAAAUUAUAAAUCCAAAUCCAAAUGAAUUAGAAAAGGUGUGUUUUUGUGAUAUGCCUCAAAACCCAGAUUUAGUUUACAUUUUUUGUGAAUCAUGUAAAAAAUGGUUGCAUAUGGAAUGUGUACAUUUAACUGAAGAUGAAGCAAAAAAUAUUGAAGAAUAUAUUUGUAUUGAAUGCAAUAAGUGA